AAAGCCAGCUGGCCAUUGAUUUUACACCAGAUCAGAGGGACCAGGAGACCUGUUCUUCACUGCGUACCAGGUCCAACCUCCUUUGAACCAUGAGCUCCCACCAGAAGAAGCAGCCCUGCACCACACCCACCCAGCUUCAGCAGCAGCAGGUGAAACAGCCCUGCCAGCCUCCACCCCAGGAACCAUGUGCUCCCCAAACCAAGGAGCCAUGCCACACCAAGGUUCCUGAGCCAUGCCACCCCAAGGUUCCUGAGCCAUGCCACCCUAAGGCUCCUGAGCCAUGCCACCCUAAGGCUCCUGAGCCCUGCCACACCAAGGUUCCUGAGCCAUGCCAAACCAAGGAUCCUGAGCCCUGCCACCCCAAGGUUCCUGAGCCAUGUCACCCCAAGGUUCCUGAGACAUGCCAAACCAAGGAUCCUGAGCCAUGUCACCCCAAGGUUCCUGAGCCAUGCCAAGUCAAGGAUCCUGAGCCCUGCCACACCAAGCUGCCAGAGCCAUGCCAAACCAAGGUUCCUGAACCAUGCCACCCCAAGGUUCCUGAGCCAUGCCACCCCAAGGUUCCUGAGCCAUGCCACUCAACGGUCAUCCCGGGACCAAUUCAGCAGACCAAGCAGAAGUAAUGUGGUCCUUGAUGCUGAAUCCCCUCUCCCAUUCUGCUUGAGUGCCAUUUUCCUUGUAAUUAGCAUGCUGUUACCCUGAGUUACAAUCCUCCCUCAGUUGCCCCCUAAAAAUAUGUGCUAUGAAGCCUUCCUUCCCAAACAGUCCAGGCCUCUGAGCUUCUGAAUGAGGCUGAGAGUCUAGAUACCUUAGAACCCUAGUUUCAGCUCAGGAUUCAUCUGAAGAGGGACUUAAGGUGCAAAUAUGUGGAUCAGCUCUGUUCUGCCCCCAUUAAAUGCACUUUCCAUUUCA